AUGCAAUUCUCAACGGAUCCACAAACAGUUUUGGUGAGUUAUCAAAAAAUUAUUUGAAAUUCUGAACUUUCAAUUUGAAACUCAUAAAAUUUAGAUUUCUCAACAUCGCGUCAUCGAACUUCUAUGGCACAGUUCGGCACAAAUUAUAAUCCGGUAAGUUUUUUCAUAUUAUAAAAUAAAUGAGAAUUUCUGAAAUAUCCAAUAAAAAACUAAUAAAAUUUAGAAUUUUCUUGAUUUUUUUUUUAUUAGAAAAUCUUGAAAAUUCUCAAUUUUAUUAGUUAUUUUUUGGAAUUUCAGCGGAGAUGCGGAAGCUAUGCCCAAUUUUCGCAUUUUAAAUCAGAAACUUGAAAUUUUUUGCAACUCUAAAAACUUUCAAUUGAAUUUUCAGACCAAUCAAAAUUGUCAAAUCGAUGGACUGUCUGCCAAUAAUUCAUCUGAGAACAAUGAAGUCACUUGGAAUUCAUCAAAUUAUGAAAAAUAUUCGAGCAAAAAUUAUAAUUGUUAUCAAUUUCCAUUUUAUUUUAUAUUUCAACACCCAAAAAAGAGGUGAGGUUUUGUUUGUUGUUUUUUUGCAGAAAAAAAACGAAUUAAAAUUUUCAGAAUUUUAAUAAUUCAUGGUGAAUUUUGGUCGAUUCUCCAAAUUAUGUAAAAAUUAUGGGACGAAAAAUGUUUUGGUGAGUGACAAAAUUUCAAAAUGAACUUCUGGAAUAUGCAAUUUGAAACUCAUAAAACUACGAUAUUUUUCUUGAUUUUCUUUUUGAGAAUCUUGAAAAAUCGUAGAUUUUAUCAGUAUGAAAUUUUUUUCAAAAACUAUCGAAUUUUUCAAACAAAUUUUCAACAAAAAAUGGGAUUGUUUCAAAUGAAAACUUAAUAUUUAAUAAAUGAUUGGUAAAAAUAUUUAGGAAUGGGACCCUAGUUGGUAGUUCCAACCAGGUUCAGAACCUCCCUGGUUCUUCGGACAUAAAUUCCCCGACCUAGAUCAAUCUUUCUGGCGGCUUUUAUAGUUUAGUUAGAUCGAAACGGUGCCUCUCGAUAUUAAAUCGAGGCCACAUUAUUUUAUAUUAAAAAGUUCAACAUAGAAAAGAAACAAUUUUGUUUGUUACAAACCGGAUGAACGAAGUUCAAUGUGAGAUAAAACGUUUUUAGGAUUACGGUAUUUUCAAUACCUUUACAAUUUUCAGAUCGCUUUGACUUCUGACAACUUAUUUGGUUUCGAUUCAAACAGAAUCUGGACAUUUUUUGGUGAGUUUUUUAUAGGAAAAAUUGACAUUUAAUUGAAAAUAGCUUGAAAUUCUGAAAUAUCCAUGGAAAAACUAAUAAAAUUUAGAAUUUUCUUGAUUUUUCUUUUUUUUAUUAGAAAAUCUUGAAAAUCCUUCAUUUUUUAGUUGUUUGAGUUGAUUUAAUUCGACUUGGUUCAUCAAUGCAAUUGUCUGGAUGAUUUGAAAAGAGGCUUCGGAAUUAUUGAAUUUUGGUGAGUAAGAAAAAUAAAUUGAAAUUCUGAAAUAUCCUGUUUGGAACUGAUAAAACUUUUGUUUUUCCUGAUUUUCUUUGUGAACAUCUUGAAAAAUCGUAGAUUUUAUCAGUUACAAAUUGAAAUUUCAGCGGAGAUGCGGAAGCUAUGCCCAAUUUUUGAAUUUUUUUAAUGAAAAACUUUGAAUUUUUCAACGUGACCUUGAAUUUCAUUUCAGAAAAAUUAAAGAAGUGUUCGAAUUGAACAACUUGUGCCAAAAACCUUGAAAUAUUCAAAGAACUUUGUAUUUUGCUUAUCUAAUGUGUUUCUCUGAAUUUAUCGAUCGAACGCGCAAAUUUCAUUUGGAUGUGAAAAUAUAUGAUGAUUCGAAUUCCAAUAAUUAGGUAAAAAUUUGAUCAAAAAUUAGAAAAUGAUAUUUAACAACAUGUCAAAAAGGAAUCGGUGGAGACGCAGACAAUUCUACGACUCAAAAAAGACCGACUGCCAUGUAGUUCACGUUUUUAUUAAAAAUAAUUUUCAUCUUUUUUUUUUGCAAUGAAAAAAAGAGUGGUUCACGUGAAAAUGUCUGUGUCUCUCUCACUCUCACCGAUUGCCAAUUUUCAUUUCAAUUUGAAACUGAUGAAACUUUGAUUUUUCUUGAUUUUUUUUUUGGAAAAUCUUGAAAAAUGGUUGAUUUUAUCAUUUUGAAAUUGGAAUUUCAGCGGAGAUGCGGAAGCUAUGCCCAAUUUUUGAUUUUUUAAUCAAAAACUUUGAAAAGGGCUGAUUCAAGAACGAAAAAAUGUUCAAAAAAAUUUUUAACAUUGAAAGAUCAAUUCACGAAAUGUCGAAAAAAUCAUUGUAGGUCAAAAUUAAUUUUUCGAGUUUUUCAGUCAAAAAUGAUGACAAAUCGAUAUUUUUGAAGCUUCUGGAGUAAUUUCUGAUGAAAAUAAGCUUCGAGAACCCUAUUUUACCUCAUUUUAUUAAUUUUUCGAAAUUCAUCAAAAUUAAAAAUUUUUUAUUUUACGAAAAAUCAGCGAAACCUUCUGAAAAGUGAAGUCCAAGGUAAAUUUCCAUCAGAUAUCACAUGAGAAGCUUCAAAAAUCUCGAUUUGUCAUCAUUUUUGACUGAAAAAACUCGAAAAACAAAUUUUGAUCUACUCAGAAAUCGGUGGAGUAUCUAUACUGGAAGCAAUCGCUCGUUCCCCCUUUUUGUAGGUCCUGGUGGGUUAUGAAAAAGCCCAAAGGGAUUUUGUAUACUAAAAUUUCUAACAGAAGUUCUAGGGGGUCCAAUUCUUUUGGACUAAAAAUUUUUUUCUAAACUUCAAAAAUUCAAAAAUUCGUUUAAACUUCAAAAUUUAAACUUCAAAAAUUUCGAGCCUAAAUUUGAAUAACUUCUGAGAUUUCUCAUAUUUGAACUAAGAGAUUCAUGAAAAUUUCAAAUCUUAUCGUUUAAAUAACCAAUUAUCGAGGCAAAAAUUCUCCAAGUUCGCCCAAAUGUCCAAAUAUUGCUCAUUCUUCACUAAAAAUGCUCAAAUUUCAUGAAAAACCCAAAUUUCUACCCAAAAAUGAAUUUGGAGCAAUGAAUUUGGAGCAUUUUGAGUGUCAAAAUUUACCCUAACUUCAAUUUUUUUGCAGACAAAAUCAUGGAACAACACGUUACGGAUGUGAUUUCCAUCGAUUUGAAAAUUCAAAUUUCAAAAGUGAAACUCGACCGCAAUUCUUCGUGCCUCGAACUUUUCUGGAUGUGUUUUGAUUCAGCAGAAUGGGAUGAGCAAACUAAAAAAUUAUAAUUGUUAUCGAUUUCCAUUUCAUUUUUCUUAUGUUUUAACACCCAAAAAAGAGGUGAGAUUUUUGCUUUGUUUUUUCAGAAAAAAAUAUCCAAAUUUUCAGAAAUAUUAUGAUUCAUGGUGUAUGUUUGGCCGAUUCUCGAAAAUCUGUAAAAAUUAUUGGACGAAACAUGUUUUGGUGAGUGAAAAAAAUACAUUUGAAGUUCUGAAAUUGCAGUUUGAAAUUGAUAAAACUUUGAUUUUUCUUGAUUUUCUUUUUGAGAAUCUCGAAAAAUUGUUGAUUUUAUCAGUUCCAAAUUGGAAUUUCAGCGGAAAUGCGGAAGCAUUUUACUCUCUCAAAUCAUUAAACCCCCAAAUUUUCACAUUUUUUUGGUAGAUCAACUGAUUUUUCUCUCUAAAUCUCUCAAUUUUUCAUUGAAUUCUGAAAUAUCCAAUAAAAAACUAAUAAAAUUUAGAAUUUUCUUGAUUUUUUUGAUUAGAAAAUCUUGAAAAUUCUCCAUUUUAUUAUUUAUUUUUUGGAAUUUCAGCGGAGAUGCGGAAGCUAUGCCCAAUUUUUGAAUUUUUAGAGAAAAAACUUGGGAUUUUUAAACAUGACCUAUAUAAUCAUUGAAUUUCAUUUCCAGAAAAAUAAAAGAAGUGUUCGAAUUGGAGCAAUUUCUACCAAAAACGUCGGAUAUUCGAAGAAUUUCGAAUUGUUCUGUAUAUUUUGUGAAGUUAUCAAUUGA